AUGGGGGUGGAGGAUUCUGGUGUGAGAGGAAGUCCGCCAGCGAGUUCAGGCCGCUGCCGAUACAAGACCCGCAGGCUGGCCAGAAAGGUCACACCCCGCCUGAGACGCCACUGGAAGGCCUGCAACAACCAGACGGACCUGUCCUCCCACGGGCCAGGGCCACGAGGAUCGGACUGCACUGAGAUUAAGAGGCUCCUGCCAGAGUCACGCAGCGGAGUUUAUAUGAUCCAUCCUGCUGCAAGCAGAAUCCCCUUCAAGGUGUACUGUGAGAUGCGUCCAGAUGGCGGCUGGACGGUGAUUCAAAAACGCACCGGACCUGCAGUUUCUUUUGAUCAAAACUGGGCUUCAUAUGACCAUGGUUUUGGUCACCUGACGUGGGACCACUGGCUUGGUUUGAGGAAAAUUUAUUGGCUGACCCAGUCCAAGAGGAUGAGCUUGAGGGUGGACCUGUGGGACUAUGGAAGGGAAACUGCUUAUGCCGAGUAUGAGGACUUCAGUCUGGGGAGUCCAAGUACAGCUUAUAAACUCAACAUCGGGAGAUACUCAGGAACUGCAGGUGAUGCCAUCCAUGGUGCCAAAUCUGAAAAAUCCCAGAAUGGCUUUGGCUUCAGUACGUCCGACAGAGACAAUGACGGCUGCGACAAUUGCAACCCCUUCGGCCACAUUCCUUUUGACAUAUGUACACAAUUCUUUGGCGGCGGCUGGUGGUUGAGCGACUGUGGCUCCGCGAAUCUGAAUGGUUUUUACCAUCCUAUCUUCGGUGGAACAAGACUCCAGUGGAGGACAUGGAUUCCACCGAUCGCGGCCACCAGAAUGAUGAUAAAAUCUGAGUGA